AUGCUGCCCUUAUCGUUAUUGAAGACAGCCCAGAAUCACCCCAUGUUGGUAGAACUAAAAAAUGGCGAAACCUACAAUGGGCACCUUGUGAGCUGUGAUAACUGGAUGAACAUCAAUUUGAGAGAGGUCAUCUGCACAUCUAGGGAUGGUGACAAGUUCUGGCGCAUGCCUGAGUGUUAUAUCCAAGGCAGCACCAUCAAAUACUUGCGGAUUCCUCAUGAGAUUAUUGACAUGGUAAAAGAAGAGGUAGUGUCCAAGGGCAGGGCGGGUGGCGUGCAGCAGCAGAAGCAGCAGAAGGGGCGUGGUGCAGGCGGAGCUGGCCGAGGUGUGUUUGGAGCUCGAGGGAGGAUUCCCGGCAGUGGAAGAGGACAGCAGGAGAAAAAGCCAGGCCGGCAGGCUGGGAAGCAGUAA